AUGACCACUCCGCUCACCAACUCAAGCCACCACCCCAUGCCUCACGAAGAUGCUAGUAUUGCCGACGAAUGGCAUCAAGGCAACAUGCGCAGUUCGCAACGGGCUCCUGGCACGCCAACUCCACUGACGGCGGGAUCCACACACCAAGACAGUCAUGACAUUCGCCCCCCAGAAGAAACAGUGGCCUUUCCUGGCCCCGAGAAGAGCAACCACGACGAUAGCAGCAGUUUCGAAACAGUGGGCAAUAUUGAAACUCAUGACAACGACAACGACGACGACGAUGGGUGGGAAGAUGGAGCUGACGAUUGGAGUGAAGAAGCCGACGGAACUCGGAACGGUAGUAGUAACAUGGCAGCCACCACCAACGAAGCCAGUACGGUCCACACGCACGAACUGUACUACGACCACAGCGAACAGCCGCUUCCCGAACAGGCACCGGAUCCGUCUCACCACACAGCAACAGACAGCAGCAGUCGUUCCCCAGACGAGCAUGAAGAUCAUCAUGACGAUCGAAAUUUCAUUCACAAUGAGAACGAGGGAGCAGCAAAUGGUUAUGAUGGCGAGGAGGAUAGUUUCACGGAGGAACCCGAAUCGGCACCAUUGCAUCCAGCCAGUGUCUACGACAACAACAACAAAAAUCAGACUGGACAGGAAGAGUUUCAAUCCAGAAAUGCUUCAUACGACUCCAAAGGUGGUCCCAAUCCAGCCUUUCUAUUCUGUGGAUGGAUGUUGAUGCUCCUUUCCGUCAUCUUUUCCAUUUUGGCAAUUGUGUAUCGAAAUGCCGGAAGCUCUGGUGGUGAUAAACCCAGGUUUCGUGUGGUGACGCCACCGCCUCAAGCAGCAACGCCAAUUCCUACAGAAGCUCCAGCAACAACUCCCUCGCCACAAUAG